UUAUUAAAAUAUAAAUUAUAUGCUUUAAAGAUGAAAAUGUUAUCCUCAAAACGCAAACUCAUACAUGCCUAAAAAAGCUUCUCCCAAUGUAAAUGGAUUCCGCGAUUUACUCAAAAUUAAAAACAUUUACGCAUAUUUGAAUAGCUUCAAUUAUGAUAUAGUCUGUAUUCAAGAUACAUUCUGGGAUGAUGAGUUUAUAAGAUCUUUUGCCGAUUUAUGGGACGGCCCGUGCUUUUUUAAUAAUUUUCAAGACAAUAAAAGACGGGGGGUUGCCAUUCUGUUCAAAAACACCUAUAAAAAUUCCAUUACGCAAGAAUUUAAAGACAAUCAGGGUAGAAUAAUUAGAGUAGAUUUUCAAUGCGACAAUAAAGACAUAUCAGUAUUCUCUAUAUACGCCCCUAAUAAUUAUAAAGAUAGGGGGGAAUUCUAUAACGUGCUCUCUUCUUUUAUUGAUAUAAAUCGCAUGAAUGUUAUAUGUGGUGAUUUUAAUGAUGUAAUAGAUCCUAAACUAGUCAGAGGUAAAAAUAUGUAUACAAAUGUUAGUUCUACUGUAAUUUUUAAAACUUUUAUACAAGAAAAUAACCUGUGUGACAUAUUUCGUGAUAAAUAUCCAGAAAAGCGUCAAUUUACAAGGAUACAAACUGUGAACGGGUCAUUACGAAUGAGCAGGAUCGAUUAUAUAUUGAUUAGUCACCCACUAAAAACACACACCAUAAAUAUAUGGACAACUCAUACAAAAUUGUCCGAUCACAGUUUGGUAUCGUUACUUUUUGAUUUAAAUGAGGUAGACAGGGGUCCUGGUAUGUGGAUUUUAAACAACACGCUUUUAAACAACAUUAACUAUGUGGAAACUAUUAAAAAAAUAAUUAAUGAUAAACUAAACUGUAGUCUGUACAAAGAAUAUCCUCUAAUUUGGUGGGACAACCUUAAAUAUAUUAUUAAAAAAGAGUCAGUUUUAUUUGCACGCAAAGUAAAUCAAAAAGAGAAAAAAGAAUUUUGGGAUUUAAAUAAUAAAUUAACAAUAUUGUAUGAAAAGCAGUCCAAGGGUAUAUUAGUUGAUCAAAAUGUAAUCCAAGAUUUAGAAAGUAAACUAUCAGAGUUUGAAACUAAAAAAAUGUCGAGGAGCCAUGUUAAGAUCGAAAUCCAAAAACGCCUUAGAAUCUGAUAGAUGUACGUCUUACUUUCUAAAUCUUGAGAAGAAAAACCAGGAGAAUAAUGUAAUUAAAUGUAUUUAUGAUUCAGAUAAUAUUUUAAUUGAUGAUUCUAGUAAUGUCUUGUAUACAUGUGCUGAUUAUUAUAAAGUAUUGUACACUGCCGAUCCUGAAGCAGACGAUAAACACGAGCAGACGACACUGUGUGAUCUCGUUGACUGUACACUAAGCGAAGUCAAUAGUAGGUCAUGUGACCGACCUGUUACACUCCACGAAGCGUAAAUAUAGCACUAAACGGUAUGCAAAAAGGGAAAUCCCCCGGUAAUGACGGUUUGACAGUAAGCUGGUAUUUACACUUCUGGAGUGUAUAUAAUAGGUCCUAUUUUCUUGUAUAUCUUAAAUCAUAUUAUUUCUAGUAAAUCGCUGUCUCGCUCUAUGAGACAUGGUGUUAUAACUUUAUUUUAUAAAGGUAAGGGUGAUAAAAGAAAUCUGAAAAAUUAUAGACCUAUAAAUUUAUUAAAUGUUGAUUAUAAGAUUUACUCUAGAAUUUUAGCCUUAAGACUUAGAAGUAUUAUUAAUACUAUUAUCUCUCCAGAUCAGUCAUGUAUUCCUGGUCGUGAUAUUUCAGAUAAUAUUGCUUCGAUAAGAGAUGUUUUAAAUUAUGUUGAUUUUGAAAAUAUACCAUGUUACAUUUUAAAACUUGAUGCUCUCAAAGCUUUCGAUCGAGUUUCACAUUCCUAUAUUUUUACUGUACUAAAACAUUUUAAUUUUGGUGAUAGUUUUAUUGACCACGUUAAAAUACUAUACUCCAAUAUAUACGUACAGUAGUGUUAAAGUAAACGGCCAUAUAUCUCGCCCUUUCCCGGUAACCAGAUCUGUCAGACAGGGUUGUCCACUUUCAGCACUUUUGUACGUACUUACAGCAGAACCUCUCAAUGCCCUUAUAAAAUCUAAUCCGAGCAUAAAAGGAAUAUGUAUACCAGGUUCACCCACCCCAUCCCUCCUAUACCAGCAUGCAGAUGAUUGCACCCUUACGCUAUCAAACACUGAUUCUAUUAUAACAACCUUUUCACAGAUAAAACCAUACUGCAAGGCCUCUGGGGCGAAAAUCAACGUCGAAAAAUCCCAAUUACUACCAACUGGAUCUGUUAAAAAUGAACAUGUUUCACUCCCUGUACAAGUUGAAAUUAUCUAUGAAUGCAUCGAAAUAUUAGGUAUUUACUUAGGAUCAAAUUCCAAUGCAUGUAACCAUAAAAACUGGGAUACCAAACUAAAUAAAAUUAAAAGAAUUCUAAAUAUGUGGUCUCAACGGAAACUUACCCUAAUGGGAAAAUCCUGUGUCAUUAAUUCAUUAUGUAUGUCCUUAUUAUGGUAUCCCUUAAGAGUCUUGAAUAUACCUUCUUAUAUUAUUAAAAAAAUUGAAGAAUUUAUAAAAGAUUUUAUGUGGUUUAAUAAAACACCUCAAGUCAAGAGUUCCACCAUUAUAGGUUCAUAUGAUCAAGGUGGUCUAAAUAUACCCAAACUUGUUUUAAGACAAGAUGCUUUCAGAUUAAAUGUUUUAAAGAAAUACAAUGAUACUACUUUUCAUGCUGUAUGAAAGCACCUUUUUACUUAUUUCCUUAAUUCAUACCACAACAUGAAUAUAGAUAUUGAAAUUUUUGCAUUAAAACCUAUUUCAAGUGGUUUACUUCAUAUACCAGACUUCUAUAGAUCUAUCUUAAUUGCAUGAAACAACAUUAAUAAUAAUACGAGGAGACCACCAUUAAGUUAUAAUGACAUUUUAAACCAACCAUUGUUUGAUAACCCCUUUAUAUUGUAUAAUAAUAAGCCUCUCCAUUAUGACAUCUUUAUUAGCAAUAAGAUUGUAAAAGUCUCCGAUAUUUGUUAUUGUGUUAUACCAGGUCUGCUCCCUUUAAUUCAUAUAAUUGAUUUAUUUACCAUUAAUAAUGAUGAUGUUGAUAUUGUUAAGAUUGAAAAAUAUUAUAAAACCAUAUGUUCAUGCCUACCAAAUGACUGGCUUGUCUUGAUUAAUAAAGAGAGUCAUGUGAUUGAUAAACAUAUUAUUCUUCAUAUACAAACUAAUGAUGAUUAUGUACCAAUUACAAAUUGUACAUCUAAGCACUUUUAUAAUGUUUUAAGAAAGAAAUUUUAUAAAGAACCCACUAGCAUAAAUUUUUGGAAUCAGCUUAAUUACGAUAUUGAUUGGAAAAAUGUAUGGAAAUCCAUAGGUUUUUACUUAAAAAGCAAUGAAUGUAUAGAAAAUGAUUUUAAAAUAGCCCAUAACAUUAUAUAUACAAAUGAGAAACUCUUCAAGUAUAAAACUAUUGAUAGUCCUCUGUGUUGUCUCUGUUUAAGUGAUAUAGAGAAUAUGCAGCAUUUACUUCUUAAUUGUCCAAAAGUUUCAGAAUUUAUUAAGAAUCUAAAAUCUAUAUUAAUUAAUUUCUACCCUGAAGGAUUUAGCUCUGUCUAUUUUAAUAAAAUAUUGUUGUUCGGUGUCCAAUCUAUCAAGGGUAAUAAAAAGAAUAAUAUUUUAAUUCUACUACUAUCCUUUGCCAGACUAGCCAUAAUUAAACGCAGAAAUAUGUUUCUAAAGACUGAUAAAAUUGUAAAUGUUUUCAAACUUUUUAUAACAAUGUUACAACAUCAUUUUCAAUACCUAUAUUUUUAUUUAAAAGAACAGAAAUUUAAUGAUUUAAUAUGUAUACCAAAUCUUGUAUAUAUAGAAAAUAAUGAAGUUAAAUUAUGUAUAACCUGAUGUAUCUACAAUUGAUUAAUUCAGUCCACAAGCCACCUUUAGUAGCAGACGAAUCUUCACCGUCUGCGCAGAGAAUGACCUAGUUGCAUAAAUACUCAACAGUCUCUUUUAUCCAGGUAUAAUGCUACCACAUAAAUCUCUGUAGACUAGUACAUCCAGAACUCUUUAAACUGCAACAUGGAAUAAAAUUGUUUGAAGCAUUUUCUCCGUAACUUUCUAAUCAUAUAUAACUUUUUAUUUGUCUAUGUUAUCCAAUUGUUUUAAAAAUAUACAUGUUAUUUGAAUUAUAAAUAUAAUAUCAUGAUACAAGUUUACUAUUAUUGUGACCCACUUUACAACCCGUCAUCCAGACAUAAACACUCAAUCUGUGUCAGCAUCACAAGCCUUUACUAUCCAGUUCAAAGAUACCUAUAUCCCCAUAGUAAACUUGUUCAUCCAGCCCUCCAAAAAAUUUAACAUGAGAAUUUGCUAUUGCAAACCUUUUCAUCAGAAUUUCUUAACAAUUAUUUAAGUAUAAACAUUUUUCUUGUCUAUAAUAUCUUUAUUAUCAUUUAAAGUCACCAAAUAUGUUAAUUCCUAUAACUUUUAAGACUAUAUUUUAAUUUUAAAGCUUAUUUUUCUGUUAGACACUGUGGAUCUAACACACAAAAACCUUCAUACUAGAAAUCAUAUUGUUAACCUGUUUUUAAGAAAUUAUUUGUAAAUCCUUAACUAAAUUCAUCUCUUUUACUCACAAUAGUUUUCAUUUAUGUUUAAAGUCACCAAAUAAUGUAAUAAUUGUAGCAUUUAGAAUUAUAACUAGUAAUCGAAAACAUAUAUUGUCAUUGAUACUGGCCGCACCUAAAACGUUGUAAUUAUCUAUUUCUAUAAUUGCGUAUAUGACAGGCAUAGAUUUUAAUUGUACAUAAUAUAUUUUAUUUAUUCUUUUUACUCUUUUAUACAUACUUGUCUCUUAUUCUAUACAUAUUAUAAAUAACAAAAAAUACUUGUUCUUAUUGUACACUGUACAUUACUGUCACUGUAUAUUAGAUUUGCCUGUAUAUACAUAAUUUAAUAUUUUUCACUGUGAAUAGAAUGUUAUAAAAUGCUGUUAAUAUUAUAAUGUAUAUACUUUCUGUGAAUAAACAUUUUACAAGGGAAAAAAGAAAGCGUGCGCGCGCUGUAUCAUAAAGUCUGUCAUUGAAUCAACUGUGGUUUUGAAUCCCCGGUUGUACGUGACAAGGAGUAGGGUCGCCUGUCCAACCUCGUGGGUUUUCUCCGGGUCCUCCGGUUUCCUCCCACUGCUAAAGACCCCUACGCGCAAGCGAAUUAUUGAAAUAGAAUUAAACCAUAUAUUAGUCCCGAAAUGACCUAGUUUGUGUCGAGUGGACGUUAAACCCCAUUUCUCUCUCUCUUUUGUCUAGCGAAGACAAGUAAAACAAAACUAUGAGCUAUAAAAAAAACCAACGAAAUGGGAUCCAUAUUUCAAUCAGAUUAUUAAUUAGUAUUUACCUGUAGAUGUUUACACGAAGGUGUCUUGUAGAAAACUGUUUUUUAUCUUAUCAAAUAUACCUAUAUUUAUAUACUACCUUUAAUUGGUAUACUAAUUACACUUCCCUGUACAUGGGUCUUAUACAGGGGUCAAUACGACAACUCAUCUAAUUCAAAUUACAUUAAGUCACUAAUAUGGUACUGUGUAUGACCCGCCUUGGGGUCAUUCAUUCAUUCCUUCAUUCAUUUAUUUAAAAUAAUAAAUAAGAAUGGCGUAAUGAAUAGAAAAUGUGUCAGUUUAUAAGCAUCUCAUUUGUCUGAGUUGUCAUGUUAUUAAUGUUAAUUAAAUUAAUUUUGUCAAUUAAAUCUGUUACGAACGUGUUUUGUCGGAUGAACCAUGACGGAAGAAAUUAUAUAAAAACAAACGACUUGAACGAAAUCUUCACAACAGAAAUUAUUCUUAACAAGAUAUCUCAGAUCAAAGCACCAGAAUCAACUCAAAACAUGAACACCAUCUUAUCUCUCGCUCUCUGUCUGGCUCUAGCUACUGUUGCUCUUGGAGUAGACCCAAUGAUGGGUGGAUUAGGUAUGAUGGGCGGAUUAGGUAUGAUGGGUGGAUUAGGUAUGAUGGGAGGAUACAGUCCAUACAUGAUGGGGGGUAUGGGAAUGAUGGGUGGACUUGGUAUGAUGGGAGGUAUGGGUAUGAUGGGAGGAUACAAUCCAUACAUGAUGGGUGGUAUGGGUAUGUAUGGAGGUGGACUUGGUAUGAUGAGUGGAAUGUACAACCCUAUGAUGAUGGGAGGUCUUGGUAUGGGAGGCCUCGGAGGUGUUUAUGGCAAAUAAGAAACUGGACGAAAGUGAACCACAAAAGUAGAAACAACCUGUAGAUGUUUAUGAUAGCUAACCUUAAAUUACAAUAAAUAUUUAUUGUU